ACAGCACAGAGCACAAUAGAUAUCCCAAAGGGCAGAAGAAGUCAGGCAGCAAGAGUUUCUUCAACCUUAGUGGUGUGCAUAAGAGGACUUAUUUUGUGUCUGUUCUACAUAGGCUUGUCUGAGAACAAAGGUGCUGGUGACAGGGGAGAAACUGCUGGGAAUGUGGAACACGGGAAAUACAGAGAAAGAGUCCGGCAUGGAUGAAGAAAGGGAAUCUCAACCAAGCAAACAAUUAUCCCAUUCGAUUGAAGAAAUACUGAGGAGGCCAGCAUGUGUCCGGAAAGACAAAAGAGUUCAUUGUAACUGGUCUUUUAUCAAGGAGAACACCAGAAUAUCUAACCAGCCUUCAAGUGCAGAAACUCCCCAAAUCAGACUAGAGUCUCCAAAAACCACCACAGACUGCACGAGUCAAAGAAAAAAGAGGCAAACCAGAGUUACGUUCACACCCUUCCAGGUUCAGGAGCUGGAGAAAGUCUUCCAGCAGAGUCACUAUCCGGACGUCAACGCCAGAGACCAGUUAGCCUCUCACCUGCACCUCACUGAGGGCCGAAUACAGAUUUGGUUCCAGAACCGCAGAGCCAAAUGGAGGAAAGCUGAAACACUGAAGGACAUAGAACUGAUGACUAAACAGCACAUACAGUCAGCCAGUCACCCCCUGCUUUAUUAUGAGAUAACUUCUCAUCAGUAUGCACUCUCCCAGCCACAGGCAUGCUGUCUACCAUGCUGCUCACCUAAACCCCUUCAACCACGACUGUUCCUUGUCAACAUCAACACCCGCCUUGCUGACCGACACACUUUCCCCAGAUCACACGACCCUGUAUUUUGACCCACUGCGGACGGACAGAUAGCACCUUUAGCAUUCUUACAAAUGAGGACACUACUGUGUAUGUGGUGCAAAGACCAUAUUGACUUUCUGUAUGUGUAAACUAUAAUGACUGUUGAUUGAUGAGUUAUUUUUAAUUGUCAGAAUGUGUUCUGUUUGUUUUGUCAACUUGAAAUGAAGUUUGCAUAUUAUCAACCGAAUGUUUUUCAUUUAUCAGUGAAGUCCAAAAAAAUCACAAUGAACAUCCUGCCUCCCCACUGAAAGCAUUCAGUUGUUCUUUGACAGAAAAGACCUUGAGAUAAGUCUGCACUCAUGCAUUUGUACAGAUCAAGGUUUGAGAACACUCAGUGCUGUGGCAUACUUCUCAGUAGAGAGCUGUGUCUGUGCUGUAUUAUUGUGCAGGAAAGCUUUUUUAAUUUUUUCAUGACACCACACAUACUUGUCAGAGAUAAGAUACAAUGCUGCCAUAAAGCGUUUGACUUUCUGACAACCCGUUCUUAUCUUAAUUUGGCCCCUUAAGUCAGGGGUUAUUGGCAGGUCAACGAGAAAUUCAGCAACCAGCUUAAGGUGCGGACGAUUACUGUGCAUUGAGGAUGUAGAUAUGCAUACAGCUGUGAGUACACAGUUACAGAAAACAUGUAUAUGUGGAUGUCUUUGUUCUUCUUUAUUUAUUUUGUUAAACUAGUAUUACAUGUUAGGCUACUGCAAAUGUGAUUUACAAUCUUCCCUGUAAUAAUGUAACCACUUAACUAUCUAUGUAGCUUCCAUUCACAUGAAAACCUGUUUCUUGUGACAGCGAUAUUCUUCCGUGGAAAGGCUCCAACAAUUACACGAACUGCUUACAUCCUCUCCCUUCAAAAACAUAUUCCAUAUAUAUUUUUCAGAUAAUUAGCAAUUAUAAGAAAGAUAACACAGCAUCACAUUUACUAUCUAUAAUAUAACUGAUUAAAUUUAACAAGCCUCUUGGUGUGUGUCAACUUUUCACCCCGGUCAUAUCCACUUUUAUUGCAACUGUUUGCUGUAAAGAUAACUUUAUCUUGCUCCUGGCUGCAGGGGCAGGGGUUACAGAAAGGACAGAAAUAGUUGCUGGAGAGAAUCAAACAAAAAACCUUGACCGCGCUUGUGCAACCAUAAUUUUAUCAUAAUGUGAGUUUCUAAUGUGAGAACAUGACAAAAAUGUUUUCCAUGGCACAGAAAAGGCCAUACAUUAAUUGUCAUAAUCCUGAAUGGUACAACUAAAAUACAGAUGUUGUAAAUGUU